AUGUCAACCCCCCAAACCUUCACAACAAUUCCCAUCCUCCCCCUCUCGCAGGCCCUCGAUGCAGACACGAAGCCACAGUUUCUCGCCGACCUGCGGUCUGCGCUGCUGAAUGUAGGGUUCUUGUAUCUGAGCGAGACGGGUUUGCCGGAUGGGCUGGUGAGGGAUGUCAUUUCGGAGUGUGGGGGGUUCUUUGAGAGGUUGCCGUUGGAAGCGAAGGAGCAGAUCGAGAUGAAGAACCAGAAGAGCUUUCUAGGGUGGAGUCGGGUCGACAACGAAACUACAGCUUUCAACCCAGAUCACCGCGAGCAGCUAGAUCUCUCAACGCCUCAUCCCAUUCCAGGACCCGAAGCACCCACGUACCACAACCUUCUUGCACCAAAUCAAUGGCCGUCGACACAGUAUCUGCCAACCUUUCGACCUGUAUACGAAGACUACAUGCGUCGCAUGUCGCACAUCUCCACACUGUUCACCUCUCUGAUCGCUGAAGCCAUUGGGUUACCCUCUGACGCGUUCACAAAAUUCUUCGACAAGGACCAGCAGCACAAGCUCAAGAUCGUCAAGUACCCAGAGGUCGAUGUUCCUAAUCUGCCGGAGAACGCGACUGAGAUAGACAGAAAGAAGUGGGAGAUCAAACGACAGGGUGUGGGUCCGCAUAAAGACAGCAUGCUGACCAGCUACCUUUUGCAGGCGAGCAACCAGCUGGGCCUGCAAGCGCAGAACGCGAAGGGGGAAUGGAUCGACUGCAAGCCCAUUGCCGGUACGCUGGUAGUAGCCAUCGGGCAAGGUAUGGAAGCUUUAACUGACGGAGUCUGCGCGUCAACAACGCAUCGUGUGCUGAGCCCGAGGAAGGGCGAGGGCGCUCGCUACUCCGUCCCUUUCUUCCAAGGUGUGAGCUACGACGCGGAGUUUGAAGCAAUGGAUGUACCAGCCUCAGUCCUGAAGCUGCGCGACGAGGCCCGCAAAGCACGAAAGGAUGACGUCGAAUUCACCUUCGUCAAGGGACGAUGGGGCCACCUGGGUGAAGCAACAUUGAUGAACAGAGUGAAGUCGCACCCGGAUGUCGGCGAGCGCUGGUAUCCACAACUACUGCAGCAGGUUCGCGCGCAACAGGCGGCGCCAGUCAAAAUCGUCUGA